AUGCCUUCUAUCAGUUUUUCUGAAAUCGGAAUUCAAAUUUCAAAUUCACCACAUAGUGCAGAGACCUCAAGGAAGUUUCAUGUAAAAAUGGAUUGGAAAUACAGCAAUUAUGAUUCUUCAGACGACGAGGGUGAAAAUGACUACGACUUGUGUACCAUAGAAAGACCAAACACAUGCGCUUUACCGUUCGACCCUACAUCUUUAGAAAACAUAAUUCUGAAAAUUAGCGACCAGUUCAAUUUCCGCGUUUUAUGGAAAAGUCCUCGUGCUAAGGCAGCAUUGGUGGUGACCGCUGGACUGACUGUCGCUGGAAGUUUAAUAGGCAAUCAUUAUGGCGGGAAAACUGGCGCGGCUAUAGGCGGUGUCGUUGGAGGCGCUUGUGGUGUUGGGCUAGUCAUUGUUGCAAUGAGAGACAUAUGGAAUGAUAUAAAAUCGAAAUUGUCUGAUGUGUUCGACAUGGUUUACGAUUACCUAGCUGGUCUAGGUUUUGACGAUUACAAAAAAGCUGCAAUGUUCUUAGUCCAAAAUGGCAGUUGCAGUAAACAACUGGCAUUGCUCAUAUUGCAAAUAUCUUCAAACGCAUUGGGACAGAAGAUUUUAUCUAGCUUAACAUCAGCUUAA